AUGCUCAAGAAUCCACUUUACGUUUACGGUGACAGUAAUUCACUUAGGGUUCCCGCGCAUUUGCAUUAUGGCAAACAUUUGAUGGAACAAUAUGGCCGCUAUGGUGACACUGCUGCGAUCAUAAACGCCGAGACGGGGGAGUCGUUGACUUAUAGGGAGCUGGUACGGCUAGCCGCCGAUAUCGCGCUCUCGCUCGUUCGUUUGGGCGUGCGAAAGGGAGAGGUGGUGGCUGUGUGCAGCGAGAAGCGGCUGGAGUUCAUGCCGACCGUGUUCGGGGUAAUAUGCGCGGGCGCGACCUUCACCGCCAUUGACACCACUGGCGGGAGGGCAACGAUUCUCCACAGGGUGAACUUGGCGAAGCCGUCCGUCCUGUUCUGCUCCGCCUCGGCAUACGAAGUGCACAGGGAUACCAUAAAAUCGAUCGGGACAGUGCGAAACAUCGUCAUAUACGAGGACGGGGCCGAGGAGUGGGUUGGUGUGCUAAGGUUCAGUCAGUUUCUGACUGAAAGGGCGGUCAUUGAGGACUUCCUGCCAAUAGACGUGGACGGUUGGGCUGACGCCGCCAUGAUUCUGUACUCCUCGGGCACCACCGGUCUACCGAAGGCCAUCCCAAAGACUCAUCUCAAUCUACUCAUCUCGCUAGGGGACACGGGCGAGCAAAGAACGCACGCUGCGGGUCCUAGUGCUCUAAUCACGCGGGAAUGGUGCUACUCUUAUGGCCUAUUGCACACAAUAAUCACCCUUUACCAGGGCUCUACCGUCCUGUACUGUCCUAGCUCUGACGAAAGAAGCUUCCUCGAGGCAAUACAGAAGUAUAAGAUCCAGGUGAUGAUACUAGCUCCUGCAACAGCCACGGAGAUGGUCAAAUCUUCAAUACUGGCACAGUAUGACGUAUCCUCUAUCCAAUGCUUGAUUUCCAGCAGCACGCCAUUCAGCGCUGAGCUAAUAAAAGCGACACAGGCCAGAUGUCCCAAUCUGCAAGCUGUCUGUCAGGUCUACGGAAUGUCGGAGACUGGUUGCGUAUGCAGUGAUCAGCGCGCUCCUAAAGGCCCGAAGCCGGGCAGCGUGGGAAUAAUGUCACGGGCUAUUACCAUCAAAAUAGUCGACAUGAACACUCGCCAACCCGUCGGGCCGAAUCAGCGCGGCGAGAUCUGCCUUAAGUCACCGUUGCUAAUGCGUAGGUAUAUCGGUGACGCGGUAGAAGACUAUCUGGACGACGAGGGGUUCUUCAAGACAGGCGAUAUCGGCUAUUACGACGACGAUCGCUACUUCUACAUAGUGGACAGGAUCAAGGAGCUCAUCAAGUUUAACUCCUAUCAGGUAGCCCCAGCGGAGUUGGAGGCGGUCCUUUCUGAGCAUCCGGCUGUCUUCAAGGCGGGAGUUGUUGGGGCUCCCCACCUAGAAUACGGGGAAGUCCCGACAGCGUUCGUGGUGCUUCGACCAGGGUACAAAGCGACAGCGGAGGAGCUGGUCGAAUACGUGGACGGGCAGGUCUCAUAUCGGAUGCGGCUCGCCGGCGGCGUUAGGUUUUUAGACGACCUUCCGAUGGGUGGAAGCGGCAAACUCGACAGGAAAGCACUUAAGAAGAUCCUGUCAGAGGGUAAC